UGAAUCUAGUUUAUUUAAAAUUCUUUUUCUUUUCCCUUUUAAAUAUGUAUCGGUACUUAUAUCAUAAGAAAGGAAUACCUGUAGUACAUCUAAUCUUUCAAUUGUCGUUUUUGUACCCACUGGACAGGCUUUACCUAACGUGAAAUUGAAAGUCAUUCAGUUGAAGUAUUCCAGCGAUUAAAAUUGUAUUUUUAUAUAUGUAUUGUCCAUGUUUACGCGUGCUGGUUGUUACCGAGUUGAUUCCAAAGUCCAUCGAUCGCUUUGAGUGUUCAGUCAGUGUUAUAACGUAGUGCGGUUGUUGAUUUUUAUAAGCCAUAACGUUAUUGGUUGAACGUCUAUUUCGUACCUAUCGGAAGUUUUCUUUGCAUUUUCAUCGUGAAAUCCAGGAGAAAUGAACCGUGAUUCUAUCUACCAUCUACCUGAGGGCAGCAAAGAAACAACCUUCUGCUACGAUGAAUCGCUACCAGCUCUUCCAUUGCCGAAGCUGGAAGAUACCCUCAAAAGGUACUUUGAAUCAUUGAAACCAUUUGGCACUGAUGAGGAAUUGAAGACUUCAAUACAAAUCAUCGAGAAGUUUCGGAUGGGCGUCGGUGCUAAAUUACAUCGUAUGCUAGAUGAGAAGGCGCAACAUGAAAAGAACUGGGUUGACAAAUGGUGGGAGGAUUAUGGCUAUCUGACGUUACGCAUGCCCUUGAUGCCGUAUUGUGUAAUGGCACAACCCCUGAUAUUCGAAGCUGUGGGUCUGGAUCCCGUUCCAGAUAAUUUUUUGAAAAGUGCAUCCAUUUGUUGCACUAUAAAUAUGCGUUUUUGGCAGUUGCUUCGAAGAGAAAAGCUGCGACCUAUUGUUAGCAUCGAUAAAAAUAUAAAAUUUUCGUCUGAUCUUUACAAACGAUUAUUCAACACGGUGCGAGCUCCAGGGCUGGAAAUGGAUAAGGUUAUAAGCUAUUUUAAGACUGAAAAGGAAGGUCACUGCCCCUCGCAUAUUUUGGUGAUUUAUAAAGGAAGGAUUUUCAAAAUAGAAGGACUCCAUGAGGAUGGGGAGAUUUUGACCCCACAAGACUUUCUUUUAUGUUUACAGCAGAUUAAGCAUAAAGUAGACAGCGAGGAUGUCAAAGAUACAGACCUACCGGUGUUGACUAACGACGAUCGAACGUCAUGGGCCCGCAACAGAAAUCACUUGCUGGAAUUGUCGGAGAAUAACAAAAAAACGUUGAUGGACGUUGAGAGUGCCAUUUCUAUUUUUUCGCUGGAUACAAACUGCCCGAAUGAUCAUUCGGAGGUGGCUGCAAUAACAUUAGCUGGUGAUUUAAAUUCGAGGUGGGCGGAUAAAAGUUGUGCGACGGUAUGCUUCCAGAAUGGAAGGAUGGGUUGCCUAGGCGAGCAUUCUUGCUAUGAUGGGACAAUUUCAGUCUCAAUGAGUCUGUAUGCUAUGCUGAGCGUGUUUGAAGAUGGAAUUCCAGAUUGGUCGAUACCUCCGAGAAAAUUGGUGCAACCGACGGAACUAGUGUUCGACAUAGAUGAUGAGAUUCGAGCGGAAAUUAUUCGAAUGAAGGAUGCUGCGGAUAAAGUGCAAAAUUGUGUUGCCGUAACAGUAGACCAGUUCGUCGGAUAUGGAAAGGAGUACAUGAAAUCUAAGAAAAUCCAUCCGGAUUCCUGGAUUCAGACUGCCCUGGUUUUGGCUUAUUAUAGACUUCAUGGAAGCUUCGCUCCAACUUACGAAACGGCAAUGAUGCGGCAGUACUACAAAGGUAGAACGGAAACUUGCCGAUCGUGCAGUGUGGAUACGGUGAAUUUCAUUAGGGCCAUGGAGAAUCCACAAGAGACGGCUAGUGCCAAAGCAAAAUUAUUCCGAACUGCGGCAAAUCGUCAAAUGGAACUGAUGAGCGAUGCUAGGAAAGGAAAGGGAAUAGACAGACAUCUUUUCGGUCUAUGGUGCAUGGCAUAUGACCAAGGACAACCCAUUCCAGAGCUGUAUGAUGAUCCUUUGUAUAACAAGAGUGGUGGCGGUGGAAAUUUUAUCCUAUCAACCAGUACCUUAGGAUUUACAAUCAACUGUGGUUUUGUGGCCCCGAUGGUUAUGGAUGGGUACGGUUGCUUUUACUCGAUGCUAACGGAUAACGUGUGGUCCAUACUGACGGCUUACAAGGAUUCCGAAGUAACAAGCUGUCACAAAUUGCGUGCUGCGUUCCACCAGGUCAUGGAGGAUAUUAGGAACAUUUUGGAUGCGGAAGCUGAAACGAAGCUUUGAAAAACUGGAAUAAUUUUAAAUCCAAUUCACAUGCAUGAAACAAUUCCAAUGGUAUUAGGUGAUUAUUAUGCUGAUUAUUGUUUUAUUAUGUAAAUAAACCGGUGAAAUGCU